ACGCUUCUUUCAACAGCAGCAACAGUUGGUCAGACACCUCGGUAGCUGAGUAGACAAAAUAGACGAACUAGUAGAGCUCUUUAGACGCUUUAAUGUAUAUUAACCACUGUGUUUUACACCCACUUCUGUCGUCUAGUUAGUUAUCCGAUUGAAUUUCAUAUCUACGGUGGUGUUGUUAUUAGUCAGCUAGCGGGCUGGUUAAGUUAGCAUUAGCCUAGUUAGCUUACAUCCUCGACCAUGAGCUCACUAAGCUACUCUCCUUCUGCUAAAGAAGAGGGUGUCUGCUGGACGGAAAAAGAUGGACUGUGGAUGAACGUUGUCGUGAAAGAAGAGGAGGAAGAAGAGGAUUUCUCAGUAAAACAAGAAGUAGAUGGUGAGGCUGUUACAGUGAAAGAAGAAGAGAAAGACGUUUCAGUGAAAGAAGAGGAAGAUGCGUUCAGAGUGAAAGAGGAGGAUGGGGAGAUGACUGUCAUAUCCAAAAAGGAGGAAACUGGAUUUCUGGGCCCGGUUUGCCAAACGCAUCUUAAGGCAUCCAAUGGUUCUAACGAUGAACUUAGCCGUAAGAUGGUUUUGAGAAAACGGCCCCUGAUUAACACUAGAGAGAGACGUGACAAUCGUGGAUCCUCUGGGGAGCCUCGACAACCUUGUGAUGCUGAAGAGGCAGAGAAGAGUCUCUCCAGAUCAGAACACCUCAAUAAACACCCGCAGAGAUCCACAGGGAAGAGAACUCACUGCUGCUCUGACUGUGGGAAGAGAUUCACCUCAUCAGGCAUUAAAAUUCAUCAGAGAACACACACAGGAAAGAAACUUUUUAGCUGUGAUCAAUGUGGGAAGAGUUUUGGUCAAUCUGGAGAGCUGACAGUGCACCAGAGAACACACACAGGAGAGAAACCUUAUAGCUGUGAUCAAUGUGGGAAGAGUUUUACUACAUCUAGCACUCUGACUUUACACCAGAGAAUACACACAGGAGAGAAACCUUAUAGCUGUGAUCAAUGUGGGAAGAGUUUUAGUCAAUCUGGCCAUCUAGUUUUACACCAGAGAACACACACAGGAGAUAAACCUUAUCGCUGUGAUCAAUGUGGGAAGUGUUUUGGUAGAUCUGACCAUCUGGUAUCACACCAGAGAACACACACAGGAGAGAAACCUUAUAGCUGUGAUCAAUGUGGGAAGAGUUUUGGUCAAUCUGGCCAUCUGGUAUCACACCAGAGAACACACACAGGAGAGAAAUCUCUUAGCUGUGGUCAAUGUGGGAAGUGUUUUGGUAGAUCUGGCUCUCUGAAUCUACACAAGAGAACACACACAGGAGAGAAACCUUAUAGCUGUGGUCAGUGUGGGAAGAGUUUUGGUCAAUCUGGAGUGCUGACAUUGCACCAGAGAAUACACACAGGAGAGAGACCUUAUAGCUGUGAUCAAUGUGGGAAGAGUUUUGGUAGAUCUGGCUCUCUGACUCUGCACAAGAGAACACACACAGGCGAGAAAUCUUUUUGCUGUGAUCAGUGUGACAAGAGAUACUUUGAUAAAAGAUCUCUGAUCAAACAUCAGAAAAUGCAUACAUGAAGGAGUUAUUUCGUGAUAUCAAUGAAAAAAUGUCACAAUGUAGAAUGUUUUUAACAUUGUAGUAGGAGUAUUUUAAGGAAUUUCACAAUGUAGAAUCCUAAACGUUUGCCCCAUUCAAUUGAUUUCAGCAUGAUAUGGAUAUUAGCCUUUGGAAAAAUCCAGGCUCUGAAUUGAAAGAGUACUAUUUAUGUGAUUUAACAAAAAGUGACUAACACAAAAAGAGCUGUGUAACACUUACCAUGUUGGUGACCCACUUGAAUCAAAAUGCAACACUUCAGAAUGUAGCUAGCUGUUUUCUACAAAUUGUCCUCUAACCAGUGAUGUACACAUUAUUCCCAGAUUCCGUGUGGUUUUUGAGCUUUUAAAAGUAACAGGACGUGCAACCUCAUCUCUCUCCUCUCGGCACAAUGGAUUUCAACAUGAUAUCGAUGAGUGAUGACAAAUAAGUGUUGCGUUCCUUAGUUUAGCGACCCCUAAAUUUAAAUGCAUCACUCCAAUCUGUAGAUGACUGUCUUCUGCAGGUUGUCCUUUAACCAGUUAGGUAAAAGAUAUCUGAAAAUAAAAUAUCUGUUUUUUUUAGUCGUGUUAGUUUCAACAACCCUUACAACCUGAUUUCCCCCAAAAUCGAUAUCAGUGAAUUAUUGCUACUUGUCAAAACAACAGCAUUGCUGGUGCUUGUGCAGUUUUUAAGGAGCUUGUUUAAAUAAAUACAAGAUAUAUGAU